AGGGGCGGCCCGACCUGUAGUCUCCAGUUGUCCAGUUGUUCAUUCUGUUUCCCCCCCUCGAGAAGGAAAGAAAGAAGAAACAAAAGGGAAAAAGGGGGGAAAAGGCACAACAUUCGGACCCUCCUUGUGCUAAACCCUCUGUGCUUCUCCCAAUUCCUCCCCACUCCCCCGUAUCACCAAACCUCGCUCGAACAGAAGAGGAAAAAUAAAAGACCGAUCUAGCUUACUGUUCCCCGCGGCAACUCUCAUGGUCGACAAGCCCACGACCCUGCGGAUCGACCUUCUCAUAUUUGUUUGUCUCUCUUGGGCCCCUUGAACUGCACUGCAAUGGAGUCGACUGUCUUGAACGCCGAGGUUCCACCUCCAGCCAGCAAUGGCAUUCCUAGGACCAAUGGGUCCCCGACUAAUCCCCCGACCGUGGUGCCCGACACCAACCAAGAAUCAACGCCGCCCGCCGCCCAAAGUGCCCGCGACUCGUCCAGCGCGCCGUCGUCGGCGACCAGCGAAACACAAUCGUCGCAACAGUCGAACCAAGCACCUUCUGUUCCGGCAGCAUGUCUGGCUUGCCGCGGGAAGCACCUCAAGUGCGAUGGCCAGAAUCCAUGCGGCCGAUGCACGACAUCCGAUACGGAGUGCGUCUACAUCGCCUCUCGGCGCGGCUACCGGGGCCCAAGGAGGGGGACCGCUGCCAAUCCGAACAAGAGGGCCCGUUCGACUUCGCCCACCCCGGGCCUCCCUAACGGCGAUAGCUGUCCCAUGCUGCUCGGCGCAGCUGCUCCGAGCGUCAUGCCGACCGCCAUGCCCGCCGCCAUGGCUGCUGCCUUUCAUGCUGGUCCGGUCGGUCCGGUCGGUCCGGUUGGCCCGAGCCCGCCAACGAUGACCUUCAACGGCGCCCAUCACCUCAGCCAUGUCAGUAACCUUCAGCUAUACCGCCCGUACGGGAGCACGAACGGCUACCACGGCACGCAGCUGGCCCUGAACCAGCAUGGCCUCAUCCCCGCCCAAGUCCCCGUGCAGACCCCGGCCGAGCGCUGUAUCGACUCCUUUUACCGCCACUUCCACGCCGGCCACCCUUUCGUGCUGCCCAAGGAGUGGUUCUUCCGAAUCCUCGCCGACACCAAUGUGGAGCCCCUCCUGGCCGCCAUGCGCUGGGUAGGAUCCCUCUUCAUCGACAUUGGCCCGGCCCGCGCCGGGUUUUACGAGGAGGUCUUGCGCUUGGUGCAAGACCCGUCCACCAAGAAGGACGGCUUUCUCGUCCAAGCCCUGAUCCUCCUGAUCGUCGGUACGGAUGGGAACUGUCAGCAAGAGAAAGCGCGCCAGCUCCUUGCCGAUGCCGAACGCAUCGCCCUCGAGAUCGAGCUGAAUAGCCGCGCAUUCGCCACCAUCCAUGGGCGCGGCAUCCCGAUCCUCGAGGAGAGCUGGCGGAGGACGUGGUGGGAUCUAUACAUUGUAGACGGCAUGGUGGCUGGCGUCCACCGCCAGACCAACUUUCUCCUCUUUGAUGUUCCUGCUGAUGUCGGUUUGCCAUGUGAAGAGCAUCAGUUUCUCUCCGGUACCAUUCCGCAGCCCAUGUAUCUCGAAGAUCUGGAAGACCGCGAGUUUUCCGGGGAACAGCGCGAAUUCUCGUCCUUUGCGUACCGCAUCGCUGCCGGUCGUAAUCUAGGCAGAUUCAUGCGUGUGCCUCCCAUCUUCGGACCCGAUGACGAGAAUCUGGCCCGCAUCGAGGCCCUCCUGACCAACUGGCGUAUGCAUCUACCGGCUUCCAAGAAGGACGCCCUGAGCCAGAAGCUUCAGUCUGAUGAGAUGAUUUUCCAGGCCAGCAUGAUGACGCAUGCUACGUCGAUAAUGCUCCACCAGCCACACUCCCAGCUCGACUCAUCACCAGCCCGCUCCGUUACUUCAUGCGCGCCGCACCGUCCCGUACCAUCUGGCGACUAUUUCAACGCCCAUACCAGCCACACGAUUCAGUCGGCCGCGGAGAUCAGCAAGAUGAUCACCCACCGCGUUCCCCUCCUAUCCCACACCCACUUCUUCACCUGCGUCAUCACCCUCUCGUCCAUCGUACACCUCAGCAAAUGGGCCCUCUUCUUCAUCCCCCACGACGACGACGAGCUGCGCCAGCAGUUGCGCCUCAACAUCGGGGCCCUAACAGAGCUCGCGGCCGUCUGGAAAGCGGCGGGGACGGCGUCGGGCCAGGUCAAGGGCGUGGCGCAGGAAAUCUACCGCGCCAAGAAGGCCUCGCAGGUGAACCCGGCCUAUUGGGCUGGUUACACCUCCGAGGAGGUCAUGACUAGUAUCGCGGCGGACGAGUCCAUCAUGAGCGAAAUCGAGACUGGCCUCACGGGAACCAUGGGCUCCAUACCCCAUCUCAUGUCAUGAAGCUUUGACGUGAACUCCCGGGUCACCAGUUCCCUGACUGCUAUA